AUGUCAACUCAACAACCAGCUGAUGGUCAUGAUCCAAACAGUCAACAGCAAAGCCGUAUAGCCAAGUUCGGCGCCAAAGCGAAUGUUUUCGCCCAGAAGAUUGGAAAGCCUAUCAACAAGUUCUCGAACAAGCUGGGUGCUGAGGCCUUCUUCCCGGCUUCGCUAGACGAAGAAGCCGAUAAGGCGGCACGUAUUCUUCGCAGCUUCUGCAUCGACGGCUUCGAGGCCCCGGAUCCGAAGGAACAUCAUCAUGGCGACCACAGUAAGCAGAAGAAGUCGCUGCAGCACAUUCCACCGGAAGUCAUCCGUGGAGCGAAGGGUCUCGCAAUUUUCACGGUGAUGCGUACCGGACUGCACUGGUCAGGUGCUGGAGGAAGUGGUGUUAUCGUGCAGAAGCUCCCAAACGGCCAAUGGUCUCCCCCUUCUGGCAUCCUGCUGCACACCUUGGGUUGGGGACUGGUCGCAGGCUUGGAUGUGUAUGAUUGCGUGGCCGUUAUCAAUAAUGACAAAGGCAUGGAGGGCUUCACUCGAGCUCGUGCAACCCUUGGUGGCGAAGUUUCGGCUGCCGUUGGACCUCUUGGUGGAGGCAGACAGCUGGACUCUGAAGUCGUCAAGCGACAGUCCCCUGUUUGGACAUACAUGAAGAGCAAAGGCCUUUACGUUGGAGUUCAAAUCGACGGAACUGUGAUCGCUGAGCGAGACCGUGAAAACGAACGAUUUUACGGCAUCAAUGGCCUUCGACAUGCGCGGAUCUUAGCAGGUGAUGUGCAGAUACCGCCAGGUAGCAUGGUGCAGCUGUGGGAGACCUUGCAGGCUGCUGAAGGAGAGUCGCACGAUGCCAACAAGCUUCCUCCGCCAGGCGUCGGUGCGCCGGGAGAUUAUGAUGUCGAGCCGGCGAGCCACGAUAAGAUCCAAGAGCAUGAGAAGCGGUUUGAUCCAAGGGACAGAGUUGAUCAGCAUUAG